AUGAAGGUCUCGUCCGUCCUCGCUGUUACGCUACUUGCGACUACUGCCUCUGCUUCGUGGUUUUCAUCUGAGCCCGAAACUCCAUAUGAAUAUGCCAAGUGGAACCAGGCUCAGCUUGAGCAAUGGCUCAAGGACCACAACAUCCAGGCUCCCCAAGGUGCAACGCAGAAACAGCUGAAGGAUCUUGUCCAGGAUAACUGGAAUUCAGCCCAAUCUUGGACAGAGGCACGCGUCAACCAGGCGUCCAAGACCCUCGCCGACCUUAAGGAGUCGGCUUUUGACACUUGGGAUGAGAGUCAGUUGCGCUCGUUCUUGGUUGAUCACGGUGUUGUCGCUCCUUCGGGCCCCAAGGAGAAGCUCAUCGUCAGCGCCAAGCAAUAUUAUCGCUCCUACGCUUCGGCCGUGUCUUCUCUCUCGGCCGCCGCUUCAGCGACCGCUUCUACCGCUGUCUAUGGCGACUAUGGCUACCAAGCAUCCAAGUCCGCUUCUUCCGCAUCCCAGAGUGCAAGCGCCGCUGCUGCCUCUGGCUCUGCUCGUGCUGCCAAGGCUCUCGAAGACUCCAAGGACUACAUUUACUCGACUUGGUCCGAUAGCGACCUCCGCGCUUAUCUCGAGAAACAAGGUGUUGUGAAGACCCAAGCUCAGCUCACUCGUGAACAACUCUUGGCUCAGAUGCGCACUGCGUACGCUGCCGCUGCAAACCCUGUCUACAGUGCUUGGAGUACUUCUUACAUGCACCAAUGGCUCGUCGAUCAUGGCAUCAUCAAGUCCGACUAUGAAAAGAACCGCGACAAGCUCAUCGAGCAGCUCCAGCGAUACUACUAUGGUACUACCGACACUGUCUACAGCACCUGGUCCGACAACCAACUCCGUGACUGGCUGGUUCAACACAACAUCAUCAAGUCGGAUGCUAAAAUCAAGCGAGAGAAGCUCCAGAAACUCGUCCGGGACAACUACCUCUCCGCCAAGGGCACCGCCUGGGACGGCUGGACCGAAUCGGAACUACGUCAAUGGCUAAUUGACAAUGGAUACAUGCGCUCUGACGCUCAGGCCAAGCGCGACGAACUGGUCGAUCUCAUGAACCGCAAGUACAGCGAUGCACACCACAAGACUGCCGAUUACUUGACAUGGCCCGAUGCUCGCCUCCGUGCUUACCUCCGUGCCCAUGGUGUCGACGAAUCUCAGAUUCCGGCCACACGCCCCGGACUUCUUCACGAGACUCGUAUCCGCUGGGUGCAAACCACCAAUGCUGUUGAAAACUUCCUGAGUGGCAUCAAGAACACUGUCAACGACGGAGUCAACUGGACCGAGGCAAAGUUGGCCGCCGUCUUGAACAUACUUGGUGGACACAAGCAAGCUGCUCAGCGCAAGGCUAGCGAGGCCGGGCAAUACGCCAACGAAAAGGCCGACCAAGCACACUUUGCCGCUCAGAGUUUGUCCGCCGAAGCCGGAAAGAAGACCGCCAGCGCCAAGGCCGAGCUCUAA